CUCAUGCCAUCAAAGCUUUAGAUAAUAACAAAGAAGAUCCAUUGAGUGAAGUGCAUUAGUGGUAUUCAAAGAAAGCCUACAUGUUGGUGUACAUGCAUAAACUACAACCAGUAAGAGGUGAUAAAUUCUGAAAAUUUGAGCCAACACAUGCAAUGGAUCCACCAGAAGUACAUAGAAUGGUUGGUAGGCCAAAAGUAAAGAGAAAGAGAGAAAAAGAUUAGGCAAGAAAGAGAGAAGGAGUUUGGUCAGCUUCAAAAAAGGGGCUUGUGAUGACAUGUGGGCACUGUGGCAAUAGAGGUCACAACAUCAGAAAAUGUCCUUUGGUUGGGGAAUGUUCUCAAGAUGUGCCUCAGACAGCACCUCAGGACAGUCAAAAUUCAUAGUAUGCAUUUAUGCCUACUCCUGGACUGAGGGUGUUUACUAGUCCAGUCCAUGAAGUAACUCAAGCAUCAUCCUCUGUUUUACCAGAAAACAAGCAGACAAAAAAAUCUGUUGCACCUAAAAUCUGCUAUCAACAGUUUGAUGUAUCCCAAGGAAUACUUCAACAGUCUGUUACAUCGCAAGGCAUACUUCAACAGUUUGCUCCAUGUUCAGAUAUUGUUGAUGAUGAAAGUGAAUAUGAAAAUGGAGAUGAAGACAAUGAAGAGCCAAUUCUGAGGCCUAAAGUGAUAUCUGAAGCUAAGACUAGGCUUCAACAAAAGAAGUUGUUGCAAAAACCAACUGGAAUUAGAAAGAUCAACUUCAAAGGAGAUGAGACUGGUGUGAAUAUACCUACUAACUUGCCAUAUUCUCCAAAGAAAGUUACUUGGAAAGGAAAUGCAGCAAUGACCUCUAACCAGUUGGUGGAAAAAAAUGAAAACAGAGUUGGUAAACUGAAGGCUAAGAAGGCCAAGUGUUAGGGAAAAUUACAAUGACUGACUGUUUUUUUUUGUAAUGACUGAUUCAAGUACUAGUAUUUUACUUUUUUUUUUGGUGAAUCAGUUGGGAAAAUUGCUGUAUUGAUUCACCCGAAAAAAUCUUUUGUUAUGCUUAAUG